AUGAAAGGUGAAUUAUCUCAGGAAACUGUGGUGGGGGCACCAGCAAGUGCAGUCUGGAGUGCGUACCGCGGACUUGAGCUUGGAAGGCUGGUCGAUGAAUUACUAGGCCAUGUUGUUGGCAAAACGGAGGUACUAGAAGGAGAUGGAGGUGUUGGAACUCCUGGUGGUUACUUGAAGGAAAUAUUCAGGAUUAUGGAUGAUGAAAAGCGUGUGAAAGAAACGGAAACGAUUGAAGGAGGAUACAAGGAUCUCGGCUUUGAUGUUUGUCGCUUUCGCUUGGAGAUCAUUGAGAAAGACGCCGAAUCAUCCGUUAUUAGAUCCACCAUAAAGUAUGAGAUAGAUGAUUCAAAAGCUGAGCUAGUUUCUCUUCUCACCACCAAGCCACUGCAAACUAUGGCAGAAGAAAUUGGGAAAUAUGUCAGUGAGAAGAAAUCUGCUGCGUAG